GGAGCCUCUACCCUGCUACGACAUGGCGAGUACUCUCAUUCCUUUGGAAAGAAGUCUUGUAAAUCUUUAUUAGUUUUGGCUUCGUGCGUAACAUUUAAGGAUUAUUUAGUUCUCAGUGGCUAAGAGUGAUGUGUUCUCUAUCAUCAUGUGGCAUCCACAAGGGAAAUAAAACCGUGAGUAAUUUAUGGUGGAAUAUAAUAUGUAGGCCUCUUAAAUCCAUUGUGUUGAUUUUUGGUGAGCGAAAUUGAAGAAGCCAUCAUAAUCAACGCGGGAACUUGGAUAAUGAUGUUGAAAUAGAAUGUCCAAGUGUCAGUGUGUGUUGUCCUUGUCACAAAGGCCACCCUUUAAUGUCUUGGUAGGUGGGCAGCACCUGAACACCAUGAAGGUUUCCGAUGCCUCCCCAACUGCCAGGUCAUCUACAACAACAGCUCAGCCAACCAUCUCCAAACGUCACAACCCAGACAACACUGCUGGAGUUGUUGUGGAGAGUGAAAAUGCUCCCCUUGCCUUACAUAAUAAACGCCAGCGAACGAAGAGUGGAUCAGAAUCGAUGGAUGCCUUGGUGGCAUACCAGGAAAGUGCCAUAUCUGCUGCAGACUGCUGCAGCAGAGGAGAGUCUACCCCCCUCUGUGAACGUAAUGUGAGAACUUCAAGACCCGAGGGAAACUCAGAGGGUACCAAUUCCCAGUGUUUGGAAGCCUCAUGUUCUUGUACUGUGUGGGACAAGGGUGGUGAUAAUUUAAAUAAUUUUAUUGCUGGAGAUUUAACUAGAGGUAAUGUAAGUAGAGAGUGUAGGUGUAAUGGACAGAUAAAUGUGUUAGAAUCAAGUGAUAAUAGUUUAGUUGUAGGGGAAUAUUCUAAUCACAGACCUGUAGUCGGUGGCACUGGUGGAUUGUCACCUCACUGUGUAGCAACAUUAGAAUAUGUGACCAAAUUACCUGAAGGAUGUUCAGGUGGUGUUAGUGAUACCUCAGUGCUCAAUUCUGCGAACCUAGGUGAUCCAAGUGAUGCCAUUGAAGACUUAGAAGAUGACGAUAAUUAUCUAGAUUCUUCUGAAGAGGAAGUGGAAGAUGAAUUUACCAUAGUCAAUAAUGAAGAUGAUGAAAGCUGCGGUGAAGAUGAUCAGAGUGUCAUAAGCUCAGUUACUGUCGGAUCAACAUGCUCAUUGCGUUCUGUGGCUAGCGAAGCCCUUAACACCGUGUGUAUUAAUGAGCAUGGAGUAGCUGCGAAUGAAGAUGGUUCAUUGCUGUAUGCUGAAGCACCUGCACUUGCACCUUUGCCGUCCUUAAGUCCUAGUCUAUUUUCACAUGUUCCACCCUCAAUAAAUUUCUGUCAGUACAAUGAGAAAACAGUUGAACUUCCUUUGGCUAUUGCGAGACUUUUGAAGUGGAGAUUUACCAAUAUUACACCUCUUAUUGUUCGAAAAACUAUAUCAAACUCUGGUUUCAAAAUUACAAAAAAAACAAUGCAGUGGUGUGGAACAUGGGGAAAGCACAUGAAAAGUCCAUGUUUUAAGGGUGUCCGGGAAUUUCAGAAAGUGAAUCACUUUCCGGGAACUUUCCAGAUUGGUCGCAAAGACAAACUGUGGAAGAAUUUUUUGAGGUUACAAGCUAAGUUUGGGAAGGAAGAGUUUGGCUUCAUCCCAAAGACUUUUGUUUUGCCAGGUGAUGUCAAGGCUCUGAAAGCUGCCUUUGAUAAAGAAGGAGUGAAAAAGAAGUGGAUUGUCAAACCCCCAGCAUCAGCAAGAGGAACAGGAAUUCAGGUUGUCCAUAAAUGGUCACAAGUGCCUACUGAAUCAUCAUUAGUGGUUCAGAGAUAUAUAAGCCGCCCUUACCUCAUCAACGAUACCAAGUUUGACAUGCGUAUAUAUGUCCUCGUCACUUCUUUCCAUCCAUUACGAAUAUACCUUUAUCAAGAUGGACUUGUUAGAUUUGCAUCAGUUCAGUACAACAAUGCAUCUACAAGCUUGAGUGAUCGAUAUAUGCACCUAACAAAUUACAGCGUCAAUAAGUCAUCAUCAUCGUACACCCACAAUGUUGAUGCUGGACAGUGCCAAGGACAUAAAUGGACUGUCAAGUCAUUGUGGGGUUAUUUAAAGGCUAAGGGUGUAGAUACAUCUGCCUUGUGGAGUCGCAUUGCUGAUUUAGCCAUAAAGACCAUAAUAAGUGGAGAACAUGACAUCAUCAUAAGGACAAGGAAAAAUGUCCGCUCCAGGUAUUCAUGCCAUGAACUCUUUGGCUUUGAUGUUAUUAUUGAUGAACGCUUAAGGCCUUGGCUGUUGGAGGUGAACAUUUCCCCGUCACUUCAUUCUGCCUCCCCAUUAGACCAUUCUGUCAAAGGCCCACUUAUUGUGGAUGUUUUGAAUAUGGUUUCCUUCCACAUUCCAGAUAAAUUAAGCCAGCAACAGCAGACUAGUUUGCUCACAGAGUUGAAUCUUGGGAAAAAAGUUUCAGGACUCUGUCUGGAUCGACGUCUUUACACAAGACUUUUAACUCUAGAAGAACAGCAAAAGCACAUAAAAAUCAAUGCUGCUCCUCGAAGUCAGUACUUGUCAACAGCCAUAGAGAACCUUACUUCAGAUGAUGUUCGUCAUCUGUUGGUGUCAGAAGAUGAACUUCACCGAGCUGGAAAGUUCUCUCGCAUUUUCCCAACAGCAGAAACCUUCCCGUACAUGGGCUUCAUUGAUAAACCCCGUUAUUAUAAUAGGUUACUGGAUGCAUGGGAGAAUUCCUAUGGUAGUUGCAGAGAAAAAGGAAUAGAGCGUUUAGAGGCGCUCUGUGCCGAAAAGUUCCACCUAAAAGUGCCUCACUCUUUCAAAAUGCCAAAGGUUACUCUGACAAGCAGCAACAAGGUCGCCUCCAGACUGCCACACUCCCCCCUACUGGGGAAGUUCGUUCCACAACCACAAUCCUCACCCCAGCUCCCCCUAAAAUCCCAGUCCCAACCAUUACUGAGGGGAAAGAAGAAAACACUGUCUCGUCCAAGGCUGAGGGAUGCCAAAAUAAAAGUAAAUCCCCUGAAACCAGCGUCAGUGUCUAAGUUCUUAAUGGUGAGGGGAAUAGCCUCAGGGCUAGAGAACAUUGAAGAAGCUGAAAAUGAGAAUGAUUUGGACCUGGAGGGAGAGGAGGAUAGUACAAGUGAAGGAGAGCCCAUUCAAAACAUUGGACAAAACUGCACCCAUCAGUAUAUGAUUCAAGAAGAUUCAAUUGAAAAAAAGGAAGAGAAUGAUUCUGCUGAACAAAGAGAAUCUAAUGUAAAUGAGAAAAAUAUAAAAAUAAGCAGUGCUGGGAAGGAAGCAUAUGAGAUGGCAUGUUCAGACAAAUUUAACAAAAACUGUGAAAUGGAAGUUGAAUUUGGUUUUCAUGGUUCUAAAAGAUGUGAAGUAGAAUUAACCUGUGAUGAUAGCAGAAAUGAGAAGGAACAAAUGGAAGAGACUUCAGUAAAAGAAUUAACACUGACAAGUGAGAACAUUGACAGUAAAAUUAAGGAAGGUAUUGGACAUAUUUGAUAAAUUAACAAUAUCUGAUGAAAUGUAAUCUAUGUAUAAAAGGAAAAUUUAUACGUGUAUCAUAAUUGUAUAUUUUACAGUCAGGUAUAGAUUUAAAAUACUACAGAAUUUGGAAAAGUAGUAUAAUCUUUAAUAUUUUGUCCUAAGAAGUUUGGCAUUGCAGGUGUAAUUUUCAUUUGUUGAAUAGACAUGGGAAAAUUUUUUAUAUCUUCAGAUAAUGGAGGUAAUGUAAGAAUUAAACUUCUUUGGUAUUACAGUACAAGAUUAAAAAGAAAAGGAAUUGAAAUUAUUCCAUUCAAUUUAAUAGACUCAACGAGUGAGUGAUGCUAGAUUGCGAGUUUCAGUUCCAUAUAUUGUGGUGUUUCAAGAAUGUUUUGAUAAGAGUGGAUUUUACCCUCACAUUUGAAGUAUAUGAGACACCUAAGGGUCUAUGCCUUGGAUCCAGUUUUUAUUUAAUUUCUAAUGUCAAAAUAUCUCCACCUAAGCAUUAUUUUAAUGAGUUUUCAAAAUGUAAGAUGUAUGAUAACUUCUAAGGUAGGUUGCAUUGUAAUAAAGAAGCGGUAUAAUCCUAUAUUGCGUAUUUAUUGUUCAAUAUGAUGUAAUAUAUGGGAACAAAAGGAUUAUUUAUUUAAUGCAUAUGGUAUUGCUUUUUGUUUUGAUUGGCUUAAUGUGGUGUAUUAAGGCAUUUAAAAAAUUGCAAGAUUUUAAGUUUUCUACAAUUCUAAAAAUAAGACAAUAUCUGUACUUGACUGGUAUAUGGAAGAAAAGUAUUUUGAAACCUUGUCCUUCAUUUUUAUUUGUGUGCUUUAUUUUUUAUUCGGUUGCUGUUCAUCACACCAUGCUUAAUACCUGUGAUUGGUGUCAGGCCACAUACAAGUAUUAGCAGGGUAUUUUGUCAGUAUAAUCUAAAGAGAAAGUGUUAAAUUCAUUCAACAAUUUUUAUUUUUUAACUUCUUUGGUACUUACGUUAGGAGAACUUGUUAAUAGUAUACAAAGGGGGGUAUGGAUAGUAACUAGUUAAGUACCAAAAGUAUACAGAAUUCAGAUUUUGAAUAAAGUGAAAGCAAUUACAAAAUAAAACAUAAAAGAUCUA